AUGCGCCUCAACAGCUCGGCGCCGGGCUUUCGGGGCGCGCCGGGCGCCAAGCCCUUCCCGCUGCCGCCCUCGGGGCCCGAGGCGGCGCUGCUGGUCCCUGGCUUCGGCAACGGCUCCGGCAACGAGUCCGAGCGCCUCCGGGCGGCGCCCAGCAGCGACCUGGAUGUGAACACGGACAUCUACUCCAAGGUGCUGGUGACUGCAGUGUACCUGGCGCUCUUCGCGGUGGGCACGGUGGGCAACUCGGUGACGGCGUUCACGCUGGCGCGCAAGAAGUCGCUGCAGAGCCUGCAGAGCACCGUGCACUACCACCUGGGCAGCCUGGCCCUGUCCGACCUGCUCAUCCUGCUGCUGGCCAUGCCCGUGGAGCUGUACAACUUCAUCUGGGUGCACCACCCCUGGGCCUUCGGCGACGCCGGCUGCCGCGGCUACUACUUCCUGCGGGACGCCUGCACCUACGCCACGGCCCUCAAUGUGGCCAGCCUCAGCGCCGAGCGCUACCUGGCCAUCUGCCACCCCUUCAAGGCCAAGACCCUCAUGUCUCGCAGCCGCACCAAGAAGUUCAUCAGCGCCAUCUGGCUGGCCUCGGGCCUGCUGGCCAUGCCCAUGCCCUUCACCAUGGGCCAGCAGAACCGCAGCGCCGAUGGCCUCCACCCCGCUGGCCUGGUGUGCACCCCCAUCGUGGGCACCGCCACCGUCAAGGUCGUCAUCCAGGUUAACACCUUCAUGUCCUUCGUGUUCCCCAUGGUGGUCAUCUCCAUCCUGAACACCAUCAUCGCCAACAAGCUGACCAUCAUGGUCAGCCAGGCAGCUGAGCAAGGCCACGUGUGCACAGCAGGGGACCAACACAGCUCGUUCAGCAUGUCCAUCGAGCCCGGCAGGGUCCAGGCCCUGCGGCACGGCGUUCGGGUCCUACGGGCAGUGGUCAUCGCCUUCGUGGUCUGCUGGCUGCCCUACCACGUGCGGCGUCUCAUGUUCUGCUACAUCUCAGACACGCAGUGGACCCCGUUCCUCUACGACUUUUAUCACUACUUCUACAUGCUGACCAACGCGCUCUUCUACGUCAGCUCCGCCAUCAACCCCGUCCUGUACAACCUGGUCUCCGCCAACUUCCGCCAGGCCUUCCUGUCCACGCUGGCCCGCCUCUGUCCCCUGUGGGGUCGCAGGAGGAAGAGGCCCGCCUUCGCCAGGAAGCCCAACAGCGUGUCCAGCAACCACACCUUCUCCAGCAAUGUCACCCGGGAAACACUGUACUAGGUGGGCGGGGCCGGGAGGAGGCUGGAGGUUCGGCACCCCCCCACCCCCGGCGCAGGAGUGAGGGUCAGCCGAGGCCCGGAGCCCCAUUUCUUUCAGCUUCUCCCUCAGCCCGCCCCACCCCUCCCUCCUCUCCUCUUUGAAAGCCAGAGAGAGAUUGUUCGUCUCCCUGAUCCAGAAAAGGCCUUUAAUGAGGAGAAAUUAGCGAUGGGUGAGAGGCAGACUUUGUUCCCGACCGCGGAGCGCUGGGAGAGGACAGAAAUGAAAGGCACAGGUCGGGCCGUGCGGGAGUUGGGAGGCGGCAGCUCUGAGAGGCAGCAGUGCCCGGGGGGAGUGCCAGCCGCGGUCCUGGUGCCCCGACGGAGCGAGGAGAGGACCCCUACCCUCCUCCGGUACCGCAGGCAGCCAGACUGCCCCCCUCCAAGGGCCAGUCCCAGGAAACUUCCAUGUGCCCCACGGGCCACCCGGGGCUCAGGGCUGGGGGGCGGCUAGGCAUCGGCAGACCUGGCCUCCCGCCCUCCCCUCCCCGCCAAGAUGGCUGGGCUCUGUAGGGACGCCCUGGGGGCUGCCCCGGAAGUCCUCUGGGCUUGGCAGAGUUGGUGGAGUCUUGUCUCCACCCGGAGCCAGGCCAGGACGUCCCCCCGGGGCCCCUGUCCGCUGUGCAGGUGUGGUCCCCUUCCCGGCCCGGAGCUGCUUCGGGUCGGCUCCCUGGAGUGGAGGCCGGUCGGCGAGGCCCAGGAGAUGCCAGUUCUGGGGACCCAGCGGCAGGUGAGGAGGAGGAGCGGCGGGCACGGCCGGCCCGCUGCUGCAGUCGUCUGUCACAGCCCGCGGGCCACAGCCCAGCUCCAGGGACACAGAAGGGCAGGCACCUCCUUGGUCUGUAAGAGCCGGUCUCCAGACAGGACGGCCUGGUCCUAGCCUUGGCCCUGGAAGGCCCCCGAGUCAGGGGCAGGCGGGCAGACGGGCCUGGAACGUGAGAUGGAGGCUUUUUUAAAGGUAGGUUCUCACCGGGCUUAGGGGCGUAUUUGGCCUGAAGGGAGACCGGCCGGCCAGCCGACAGCUGUGAGUGGGACCAGGCCACCGGCCCCGGGUGAGCAGGGCUCCGUGGCCCCUCCCCAUGAAAACGACAAGGUGGACAGGACGAUGUCCAUGGGCACCCCACUGAACUGUGUCCUGCUUCUCCGUUCACCAAGGACAGCACCGGGGUGGGGGGCGGUCAGCCCACAGCGGGUCCCGUGACCCAGGGGCCACCCACACAGGGGACGAGGCCAGCCCCGACCCCGCACACGGGUCUACUCUAGGCAGGGCAAGCGGGGCAGCCGUUUGGCAAAGGCUGAGGCUGGGCCCAGGCAGCGGGCGUCAGAACGAGGCCCGGACUCCUUCCGAGACGCCCUCCGGCUCUCGCUGGUGCCCCGGACCUCGGGCAGGGAUCCUCCUGCCUCGGCUCUGCCACCUGACAAAUGGGUGUGGUCGUUCCUCCCUCUGGGACUCCUGUGACUGGCUCGGUGGACACAGCCCAGGAGGGACAGAAGGGACGGCUCCCUGGGGUGGGGGCAGGGUUGAGGCAGAGUGCGGAUGCCCCACCACCCCGGAGCCCCCCGACGCAGCGGGCGGGGUCUGCACUGCAGCCCCGAGUCUGACUCCUGCAGCCUCCCCCUUCCCGUGUGCACACUUCGUGCGGGCAGAGGCGCAGCCAGGACCCCCUCGUGCCGUCCAGCCCGUGGAGUCAGCUUCUGGCCAUGUCACACGGCAGCUCCAGCAGCCAGUCGCAGAGACCCGUGUCCCACGUGACUGGCCGGCAGCGAUGCUGAAACCCCCGCUGUGUGACUCGAGCCCCCGCCCCUCAAUAAAGGAGCCGUGGCCGCGGUGGCUGGGAUCUGA